UGUAUGAAAAACUAAUUUCCCAAAACCAAAAACCAAAACCAGCUGCUCCGCGGCUCCGCCCCUUUGCCCCAAAAUCUUUUAUAUCACUACACCCCAUCUACAUACAAUUCCACCACUACUACUUGCAAUUCUACAAUCAUCAUUACCUCAAAUACUCACAAAAUUUACACCUUUUUAAAAAUUCUAAAUUCUGGGUAUUCAUCUAUACAUCAUUUCAGUUAGUGGGUCUAUUUCAAAAUUUGAUCUGGCACAAGUUAUUUAUUAUUUUUUUAACUUCUUGUGAUUUUAAUCAGCAUUUUUCAAGAUUCUAAGUUGUGGGCUAUCAUCCACAUGUCAUUUGAGUUAGUGGGUAAUUUUCAAAAAAAUUAAUUUUGUACUGGUUUAAUUUUAACUGUCUUGAAAAAUUUAGUAAAAUGGAAAAUAAUAAUGGUAUAUUUCCUAAUACUUCUCAAGGGUCCGGACUGAUGGGGCUAGAAAUGUCAUUAAACCAUCAACAAAACCACCCUAGUUUCCACCACCACCAACAACCACCAUUCGCCGCCGUAUAUACUUCUAAAAAAAGAGGUUCUCCGGUUAGUGAUGAAGAAGAGCCUCAUGGCAAUAAUCCCUCAACCACCGAGGAAAGUGGUGGUGAUGGGAUGUUAAAGAAAGGAUCACCAUGGCAAAGAAUGAAAUGGACAGAUAACAUGGUGAGGUUAUUGAUAAUGGUGGUCUUUUACAUCGGAGAUGAGGUGGCGGCUGAGCAACCGCCGGCGGACACGGCGGUGAAGAAGAAAGGUGGUGGUGGUGGUAGUGGUGGGGGUGGGGUGAUGCAAAAGAAAGGGAAAUGGAAAUCAGUUUCCAGGGCAAUGAUGGAAAGAGGUUUUUAUGUUUCACCACAACAAUGUGAAGAUAAAUUUAAUGAUUUAAAUAAAAGAUAUAAAAGGGUGAAUGAUAUUUUAGGAAAAGGGACAGCUUGUAAAGUUGUUGAGAAUCAAAGUUUGUUAGAAACCAUGGAUCAUUUACCCGCGAAAAUGAAGGAAGAAGCGAAAAAAUUGCUUAAUUCUAAGCAUCUUUUCUUUAGGGAAAUGUGUGCUUAUCACAAUAGUUGUGGCGGUGGUGGUGGUGCCAGCGGUGCUGGUGGUGGGAGUGGUGUAGCCCACCAUUCUUCACCACCAGAAGUUACCACCAUUGAGCAAUUGCCACAACAUAGGCAAAUUUGUGUUCAUGACAACGAUAAUGAGGACGAAGAGGAAGACGAUGAGGGAGAAGAAGAGGACGAGGAGGGGGAGGAAGAGGAAGGCGAUGUUUUAACAAGCCGAAAAAGGGCUAAAAUGGUGGAAAAUGAUGGUACUAAUGAGAACUUAGUACAACAAUUCAAUAGUGAAGUAAGUCUAGUGAUUCAAGAUUUGACAAAGAGUGUAUGGGAAAAAAGGCAAUGGAUGAAGAUAAAGAUGAUGCAAUUAGAGGAACAAAGAGUAAGGCAUCAAGGUGAAUCAUAUGAGUUAGAGAAACAAAGAUUGAAAUGGUUGAAAUUUAGUUGCAAAAAGGAAAGGGAAAUGGAGUUGGAAAAACUAAAGAAUGAAAGAAUGAAGCUUGAGAAUGAAAGAAUGGUGCUUUUGUUAAAACAGAAAGAAAUGGAAUUGGUUGAACUUCAACAUCAAUACUCAUCAUCUAAUGUUCAUAAUCAUAAAAGGACUAGUGAUCCAUCUUCCAUCAAUGGUUGAUUUAAUUUCAUUAUAGCUAUAAUUCUUUUCUUGUGUAUAUAUACGAGUUGUUUAGAAUUUAAACAUACAUAGGCUUGUUAUUUUGUACCUCGUAGGCUCAUAUUCUAUGAAUCAAUAGAUGUUUAGAAUGAAA